AUGUCCGUUGGUAGCCAUGCCUAUCGGCAUGCGCUACAGCGUUCUCCUUCUCGCCUCGACUACGUCUGGAUCAGUGACGAACUUCUCUCAUCAACGUUCCAGAGGUUCGUGAAGGGUCAGCGUCGUUACGGAAGUCGAGUUCCCGGUCCAUUGGAAGCUAGCAAGCGUCUCGCAAAAAGGAGGAAUACUGCUUUAGCUGUGGGAGGGAGUUCAUUCGACCCUGCGGCCAAUGUUGCUCAUUUAUUUGGAGCCAAUGGCACGGGACACGUUCGUCAAUGGGACGAUUCUCCGUGGUCCUCGCGCUGGCCAGAGCCGUUGGAGUUAUUUUCCUACUCCGAUCAACCUCCUCCGCCUCCCAACCCAUCCUUUCUCGCGCAUGCAGAAAGCUCCGCAGAAGCCUCAGGUGACACCAUUGAACCACUACCAUCUGAGAACCCGACAUUCGCGUCGUCAUUGACAAGCUGUAAGACCAUACAUGAUGUGAAAGAGGCAUUGGAGUGGUACCAUAUCGAUCUUCGACAAGAGCCGGAACAGAGCCGCAGGAUCUUCAAUCACCUCUACCAACUCAUCUCACAAGAGAACCAAGCCUCUUCUGUUCAUGAGCUUCUGGAAUUCAUGGAUGACUCGAGUCUCAACAUAUAUGGAGUGGGUAAUUAUGCCAAAUUAAUUGAACUUCUUGGUUCAGCGAGCUUUGCUGCGGUCUACAAAAUCAAGCUAGUCGACAACGUCACGAAAGCUAUUGGCCUUGGUCUUGUACCUGUUAGGGAGAUCAGUCAAAUCCUCCGGCUUUUGCCAGCAUCAGUAUGUGGGAAUGGAUCGCCUCGUCAUCCUCCGGAAGCUGAAACGCUGGGAAAAGUUUUUAACGAUGUCUGGUCCUCAUUGCAGUCGUACAGUGUGUUCAAAUUGCAUGAGAUUGAUCAUGAUAUUCUCGAGCCAUGGAUCGAGCAGCUACUAUUCUUGGGUAAUGACCGGUUUCUACGUUUAGCAAAGCGUAUAUUGGCCGCAUAUCAUAAAUCGAUGAGAAGUCUCUCUUACUCCAUUUCACUGCGAGCCUUAGACAUUCUAUCUUCGGAAAGAGCAUUGGUUGAUCACAACAUCUUUGCGACAUACCUUGAACGAGCUUUGAUGCUUGGAGAUGAAGCUUCUCUAAGCUACGCGAAGGAUAUCAUUGUAACACAUCAUCGAUAUGAGCGGACUCCGUUAAAGCCGAUUGUCAACACCCUACUGCAAUAUCUUGUCACAUCACGAUAUUCAACUGAUCUAAAAGGAAAUUCUGCCAUAAUUCUACCGGAACUCUUGUGUCAAUUGAAUGCAGAUGUCGCCACGGAGUACAUCAUUCUGAUGACCGAACGUCUGGUUCUUACAAAACGUGAGGAUAAUACUCGUGCUCACGCCCUCAAAGUUUUGCGGAAUUGUCUUCUCCACGUCGAUAGACCGACUUUACUUUCGUCACACACAUGGUCCACACUGAAAGAGGAUGGCUCUUUGAGCACAUCUAAAGGAUUGAGACUUGCUCUCCGUAUGUGGACUUGGAUCGCGCUGGGCACCGCGCCUCAUCGGAGACCAGUGAGGUCCAACUUAGUCCGUACUCAUCAGAGAAGUGUAUACGCUUCUGGAAUUUCCAUACUGAAACUCUUCGACGAUGUUACUACAAGCAUUAUGUGGCAAUCCCAUGGGAACAGGUCAGAGCUAUUACCCAAACUAGUGGCAGGUCUUCAACAGCUUGACGUUCCAAGUAACCAGGUAUUGAGGAAGGUGUAUACACUUCUCAGUCACAGACAAAUCAAGAAUCUAUCGACUCUCCAAUAUUUUCAAAAGCUUGAAGAGGGACGCUUGACGCUAGAGCAGGCCGCCCUGCAGCGAGACGUGUUCAAUUCCACCAAGCAUUACCUUUUAUCCUCCCACCUGAGGUUCAUACAAAAUGUCGACGUUACCAGCUCUGACUUUAUUGAAAAUAUGGUUGAGAUGAUAGAGAAAGAUAACGGCAAAAUUCGCGAUAUGAUCUUUCUCAUCUCACUUCACACGCCUUUGAAGAUUGCCUUAGCUAUGGCUAGCACUCGCAACGCGGGGCAUAUCCCCAACACGAAAAGAGUCAAGGCUAUCUUGCGACUAGAAUCCAAGGGCAAGCAACUAUAUCUCGAACCAAAUGCCUGCGUAUCAUUCAUACAUCUAUUGGCAUCCUCGAUCGCAAUAUCAGAUAAAGUGAGUCCCCGAGCGGCAUUUAAUCUUGUGACGUACCUAUACCGCUACCUGAUGUCACACAAUGCUCCAGUGAAACCUAAUUUUGUUCGUGCUAUGUACCAUUGCGGUAUUACGCGAUUUAGUCAGAAUGGACUACGGGUAUCUGGGGUCCAGGAGGAUUAUAUUAUGCAGGUUGUGCGGAGGCAUGAAGAGCCGGAAGCAGCUCGCGGAUUGAUGAAUGGAUCGUACAUUGAACGCAUCUAUUAACGCA